CGUGGGCGGUGCUCGUAGUCGGUGGGCGUGGCUGACCAACAGCAGGAAGCUCUCACACCUCGGUCUCCUGCUGCUGUCGCCGUCAAGGCGCUCGGAGUUCCAAUGGAGGCCGGACUUGGUCUGGAGGGACCGGGUCCGGGGCCCGAUCCCUCUGUGAUUUCGCUGUCGCUCCUGUUGCUGCUUCUAUCGGCGGGAUCGGGGAGCGCGGCUGAACGGCACGGGGCGCCGAGGCGACCUGCGGGUCGGGGUCUGGAGGCUCUGCGGCACUACGAUCUGCUCUCUCUCUCACACAUGGAGCACAGGAUCAGCCGGAGGGACGUGGCGGAGGGGCCUCGGGACAGGACCGUGUCCUUCCAGGCGCUUGGCAGGAAAUUCGUUCUGCACCUCAGUGCACGCCGUGGCCUCCUCACCGACUCUGCUCGGGUUCUGAUGCAAGAUGCGUGGGGGGAGGUAAAGCCCCUACCGCUGAACACGCAUGGCUUCUACUCGGGAUACGUGCAAGGAGAUUCUAACUCUUCGGUUCAGGCCUACAUUGGGGAGGGUGAAUUUUCUGCACGGAUCCUCACCAGUGGAGAUGAAUACCAUGUUGAGCCACUGUGGAGGCUGGCGGGCGACCCGGAGGAUGAACGCAUGGUUGUUUACCGGGGUGACGCCCUGCAGGGCUCACACGCACCUUUUUGUGCCACUCGACUGCCCCGUGGUGCCAAGAAGGGGGGUGAACAAGAGGGCCGCCGUCCUGGGGAGCAUCCGGGGCAGCAGUUUGGCUCUACCAAUAGUGGAGAGGCCAUGCGCCCCAAACGUAGCGCUGCUGCAGGGGGCCCGGUGGGGGCCAUGGGGGAGCCCGUGAAGGACACGUGCACCCUGCUCCUGGUUGCCGACUUCCGCUUCUUCCAGGCUAUGGGGCGGGGCCAACAGGGGACCACCAUCAACUACUUGAUCGAACUCGUCGACCGUGUAGAUGGCAUCUUCCGUGGGACGCACUGGGGUGAACAGGCAGCCAGUGUUGGCAUCCAGAUCCAGGAGAUCUUGAUACAUGAGGAGUCCACGGUGGUUGUGGGUGGCGAGCGACACUACAACAUGGAAGCUCCCCCGAGCCCCAUCACUCAUGGUCUCCCAAGCCCGCCCAGUCUGGGCACCACUUCUCAUGCGUGGAAUGUCAGCGAGUUGCUACGGCAAUUCAGCAUGGAUGUGUCGGAGCGGGCGUCGCAAGUGUGCCUGGCUCAUCUGUUCACCUACCAGGAUUUCGAGGAUGGCAUCCUGGGUUUGGCCUACGUUGCCUCUCCCACCGGAAAAACCGAUGGCGGCGUGUGCAGCAAGCGUACGAAUCCACGCGAUCCCGGACGAGUCCAAGAGAAGAAUGGCAUCAACGUUUCGUACAACACGGGCCUGACGAGCACCAUGAACUAUGGCAAGACGAUUCUUACAAAGGAGGUGGAGCUGGUCGUUGCCCACGAGUUGGGCCACAGUUUUGGGGCCGGGCACGACACGGAGGAGUGCUCAGCAGGGCACGACGCCGAUGGCAAAUACAUCAUGUAUCCAAUUGCUGUGAGCGGAGACCAGCCCAACAACGGCCUCUUUUCCCCGUGCAGCGUGCGUUCUGUAGGGCAGGUCCUAUCCCACAAGGCAGCCAGCUGCCUCACCCCACAGAGACACAAGUACUGUGGGAACUUCCGUGUGGAAGAUGGGGAGCAGUGCGAUGAGGGCCCUCCGCUGGGCAGGAACCACUCCUGCUGCACCCACAACUGCACCCUGCGCGAAAACGCACUAUGCAGUGACCGAAACUCACCCUGCUGCCAAGGAUGCCGCUACAAAGACCAAGUGCUGUGCCAAGGUCGGCUGCCCGCCCUUUGCAGGGAAGCUGCCUUCUGCACAGGAGACAGUGGAGUUUGUCCCAAACCUGGAAACUUGUCUGAUGGGACCGAGUGUCUCGACCACGGUCGCUGUUUGAGUGGCGUGUGCCAGCCAUUCUGCACAACCCUGGAGCAGAAACUCGAGCCUUGUGUAUGUGCAGAGAAGAACGACUCGUGCAAGGUAUGCUGUCGAAGACCAGGAGGAGGGUGUGCCCCAUACCUGGCGGCAGGAGGCUCCCCUCUGUUGCUACCCCGGGGGAAGCCAUGUUCCGUCGGAUUCUGUGACAUUCAUGGACAGUGCAUCAAGCAGGUGCAGGACUUCUUGGAGCGCACGUGGGACUUCAUAGAGAAGCUCAACGCCAACGAGCUCAGCCGGUUCCUGGCUGAUAAUGUGGUGGGCUCUGUGCUCAUCUUCUCGGUUCUGCUGUGGGUUCCACUCAGCCUCCUGGUGCACUGUGUGGACCGUAACCUCGAUAAUGAAUACUCGGCUGGUGAACAUUGGCCCAGACCUGGUCAGGUGGUGGAACAGCUGAGCGCAGACUCUUUAGGGGACCAGGGUAGCCCAGGCCUGAGCGCCGUGCCACCCAUGCACUUCACAUUUGCUGGCGGUGGACGCUUUGGCUCAGGUGCUCGACUCAUUCGCCCGAUUAAGGAGGAACCAGCUUACAACAAUGAUUUGCCCCUCUCAAGUCCUGCCCGCCACUCCUACAGCGAUCUGUGCAGCAUGCACAACAGGAAUGGAGACUAACAGGACAGCAUUGUGUUGCCUGAAAAUUCUGCACAGAAAGCUUGAGAGCAAGGGUGUUCGAGAAUGCUUGGGAUUCGUUUGCAAGAAAUCAAACAACCAAAAAGAACAGGGGCCAUGACCUCUGCAUCAUUAAAUGACUGCGUGAGAUGGAAACAUUGUAGUCUGUGCAAGUCCACCUACACUAUUGUAUUUGUUGGUAAUUUAUAUGGAACUUUUGCAGGACACUUGGUGAACAUCAGAGGACAUUCUGGCAGAAUGUGUGAGCCUCAAGGAAAUUGAUGUUUUUUUAUGCCUUUAGUAGAAUCAAUGUGACAUGUUUUAUUUUUGCAGAAUAAUCACUUGAUCAACUCAGUGUAGCACUUUCUCUACAUAUAAUGCUGAAUCGGACACUUGACGUUAACCCUUUGCACCCUUCGGCGUGAGUUUGAUAACGUUUUAUAGCAUCUUAACACUUCACAUCCGGUAAUUUUGUAAAAUUGGGGACUACAUUAUAAAGGGUGCCCACUUGUUUUAUGGGCACCAACAUUUGUUGAGCUAUAGAGGGUGGAUAUGGAGCCAAAUCACUGGGUUUCAUUAGGGACCGAGUUGCAAGUGCCAGAAGUGCAAGGCAACCAAGCGACACUCAGGGACGCACGGGCCCUGCUUGGCUCUUUCCUGUGCCCGGUGAUGUCGCUCUUGGUCAAGCCGUGCAACGCCAGGAACAUUGGCACAAUGUUGUGGGAGGUUGCUGCUCUCGGUGCAACACAGAGUCAACGGAGUCCCUGGGUCGUAGGAUGUACAUGCCUCGGAGAACAAGACACGGCACACUGUCCAGUCGGCUCCAUUGGAACGAAAACAUUUCAAAUAUAAAGCUGCAAGAUCUACCUAAAUGUGUCGUUAAAACCCGCCACCACCUGACACAGCUAGUAAGGGUUGUCACGUAAACAGAACAUGCCAAUUCGUCAUUAGUACAGCACACUGGUGUGUUGGAGAGCCAAGCCACAACUUUUAC